UCCACGGUGCUUUUUGGUUCGGCUCCAUUGUCUGGUGAACGAAGAAAACUAAAAUUUUUUCCUUGUAUUAUACAAAAAUAUUGAAAAGAAUUAAGUGAAUCGAUAUUACGAAAAUUCAACGACACAUUUAAUAACUUAAUGGAAAGAAAAAUCAAAUGAAAAUUCAUAAGAAAACGACUCUCGAGUUAUUUUGCAAUUGCAACUAAAGAAAAUUUUAUAUAGAAACCAGAAGCAAAAGAGUAAAAAAAUAAGCUUAGCUUUAGUUUUUCUGCUGGGUCAUUAGCAGUUUAAAACCCCCCAGCCGUCCAAUUCGCGCUUUGUUACAACUUCAUUACUAAUCUUAAUGACCUGAUGGAAAAUGCAAAAUAACGUAGCGUCAAUAGCAAGUAAUGACAGCAGCAUUGCCAUUAACGUCAACAGCAGCAGAAGCAGCGUCAACAUACAGCCAACAAUAACAUAACGUCAUCAUUUGCCUGCCAAACUCGUAACAUUGUAAACAAGAAAGCAAAAAAGUCGUAAAAACGUAACCCCUGAAAGGGUGGUUGUUCGGUGGUGCCAUUUAAGUUUUUUUUGUCGUCGUUGUUUUUGAUUCUUUUUUUGGGGGCAAAUCAACUUGUACACAUUGUCUUCGUUGCCUCCAACGACAAGGAGUAGCUGUAAGGCGCCCCAGCAGCAGCAGGAGGAGGAGGAGGAAGAAGAAUCCACAUCUUCAUCGUCAUCAUGUUGUUGCCUAGAUUUAUUGCCCUGGUCCAACGCUGUUAUGGUUUUAGUCAGCAGCGAAUGGCAAAACAAAAGUGAAGAUGAGCAAAAAUUGUCCACAACUGUUGUCGCAGGAACAAGCAACACCGCCCCCAUCACACAAGCAGCAGCAAUACCACCAGGAACAACCACAACAACUGCUGUGGCAAUUACAUCAACAAUACUACCGGCAACAGCAACAUUGGUCAAUGCCGAUACAAUUGUCACAGCAACAACGACAGAGGAAACUAUAACCCCUCCAAUAGUAGCAACAGCAGCAGCAACAGAAAAUACUACUUCCAAAUCACCAACGACAAUAGCAGUAUCAACAACAGCAACAACUAAAACAGUAACAGGAACGACGACACCAGUAACAAUAACAACAACCAUAAUAAAAACAAACGAUAACAACAACGAACAACAGAAAGAUAAAAAUUCCAGCAGAACAGGAAUCAUUGCCGCAGAGAACAAAAUUGAAGAUUGCAAUAAUAUUAACAUAAUUACAAAACCAGGCGUUGUCGACGACGACGACAACAACGACGACGACGAUAACAAGGGAAAACAGCAACAGUCCAGUAAUAGUAUUACAACAACAUCAUCUGCAAACGAUUGUAAUUCAAAGGAGGAAGAUUUCAUUGUCUCAGUCUUAAAUUACAACAGCAAUAAUAAGAUAAUGGCCGAAAAUACGAAAGAGACGCCAGUAAAAGAGGAGCCAACAAUCGGUGAAAAGUCCAGCUCGGAAGCCUUAUUGUCGUCGUCAGAUUCUUCCCCUGCCGCCCCGCCCGCAUCCAUGAUUAUCAAUAGUCAGUCAGGUGGUGGAGGUGGUGAAACAAAUUUCAAAGAUUUCGAUGAAUCCAAUUCAAACACGAAUACGCUACAGCCCUCGGUAACGGUCAAGACGCAAAAUAUACAAAACGCCAAACCCACACAAGCCCUUAGCUGUCCAUUUACACAGCAGGACUUUAGCAGUGCUUUACAGUCGGCAUUGAAUGCAACAGCUACAAUAACAAAUAGUUCAACAACGGCUGCAGCUGGUUUGCAGCCAAAUUUUCUCAGUCAAUUGUCAUUGACGGCGAAUGUAGCGGGACUGCAAAAAACUGCCAAACAACUGAACUCAGUGUUUAACACCACAACGGCGGCGGGGAUGGCGACGACGACGACGAAUGUAAAUGCGAACGACAACAACAGUAAUCAAGCCAAAAACGAUAGCAAUCUCAUAGAUGCCUCCGGCAGCAGUAGUAACUCCGUAAUAUCUGCAUCAUCUCUAGCCUCAGUAGUACCUAGCAGCGAUACCAACAAUGGUCAAGCGAAAAUUGUUCUAAUAUGUGAAGGCAAUUCGCAUCCCUUUCAGACCCGCACCAUUUCUCUCACGCCCAAUGUGGAGUGCAUGGUCGGUCGUUUAAUAGCCAAAAGUAAAGUUGCCGACGACAAUGCCAUUUUCGAUUGCAAAGUAUUAUCGCGUAAACAUGCUGUCAUCUGGUAUACACCUGAUGGUAAAUUUUGGGUCAAAGAUACAAAAUCAUCGAAUGGUACCUUUAUCAAUGACAAUAAACUGGGCGUCGAAGAGGCCGAACUGCAUUUCGGUGAUAUUGUUAAAUUUGGCGUUGAUGUUGUUGAGAAUUCACGCAAAGAGGUGCAUGGCUGUAUCAUUGCCUGUGUUAAAUUGUAUUUACCGGACGGUCGGGAGGCCAUUUCAAUCGAUUCACCCGCCCAUCGCAGCCCGUAUUCGGGUGAGGGACGCAUCAGCUAUGACGAUUUACAUCGUUUGAAUCUGUACAUCCAAGAGACCGCGCAAAGGGAGAAAGUUCUAACAUCCAAGCUGUGUAGUAUACAAAAUAUUUUGGAUGCGACACGCAAAAAUUCGGCAUUAUGUUGGCAAUCGAUGAUAACCGAAGAUCAGUUGUUGCAUCGUAUACAUUCGUUGGAAAAGAAACUGUCAUUGAUGGAGAAAAAUGUGCCUGAAAAUGUCCUAAGAAAUGAGGUUCAAAAACUUUUGGAUGAAAAAAAUUCAUAUCAACACACAGCCAAAGAGGCCUUACGCAAAGUCUAUCAAGAACGUUGUGAUGCCAUGCAAUUGCUAGCAAAAAUGGAAUCUGCCUACACACAAUCGGACAACGAGUGUGCAUUGUUGCGGGACCAGAUAAUGAAUUCCAAACAAACACUGCAAGAUGUCAAUACACGGCUGUUGCAAUUGGAAACCGAAUACAAUGAAUAUCGUGACGAUGUGGCACGUCAGCAACAAGAGGCUAAGGAACGUGAGGAGCAGCGAAUCGCUGAACUAACGGAAAAGUUGCGUGAACGUGAAUUGGAAUGUGAAGAGCUUAAAAAGAAGAUAUCUGAAUUGUUGAUAAAACGGGCCGAUUUAUUGGAUGACGAGGAGAAGAUAUUGGAAAAACAAGCCAUAGAAAAAUUAGAUGCUGCCAUAGCGGAUAUGGAUUUGGGAGACGAAGAUGAUGAUGAUGACGACGAGGAUGACGGUGAGGAAGGCGACGUUGUGGGGGUAGAAGGCGGCAAGGGAAGCAAUGAAGUUGUAAUCAAAACAAAUGGUAAAACUGUUGACAAAUCUGAUACAGAUUCCAGUCCAGAGACGAAACACAAACAAACGAAUUUAAGUGCAACAUCUAACGUUCCAUCUUCAUUGGCUUGCAUAUUUGGUGAUAAUGUCAAUGGCCUUGAAAGUGAGGACAAGACAAGGGAAAAAUCUCCGUCAAUGUCGAAACACAAAAAAGCCAAAAUGUUAGCCACAUUAAAUACCACAAAAGCCACCUCACCGCCCAAACGUGUCAAGGAAUCGACAAUUAUGAAAUGGUUGCAGAAUUCCGAUUUAAAUAAAACGGAAGGUUCUCUGGAUAUAUUCAAGGCGAUAUGCAAUGAAAACGAAGAAGAAGCCGAAGGCGAAGUGGAAGCAAAUGCUAUAGAUUCCAGUGAUGAAGAUAAUCUGAUUGAAGAUGGUUUCGAUAUCAAACUGGAUCUGAACAAAAAAUGUACAGAUUUUACCAGCAAACUGAGGAAUGUUGAACAAAAUCUUAAGCAAUUGGAAGCCGAAAUUGAAAAUCGAACACAAAGUGCGACGAACGACAAUGAGAAGCAGCGAGGAGGAGUAGGAGGUCAGAAGAAGAAACAGCAACGUUUCAAAAAAGAAAAGGAUGUCUAUGAUUUUGAGGAUAACAGCGAUGAGGAUGAAGAGGAGGAGGAUGAUGAUGAUAGUGGUGCUAUAGCUGAAGAGGAUGCAUUUGUUAUUAGUAGCAAUGGUGCUGGUGGAAAAGCAUCAACUUCAGCUUCUUCAUAUAAGGUGCUUUCCAAGCAUAAUAAGAAAUAUCAAUUAUUAAAAGCCAGCGUUGACAUGCUUAGAGAGGCCUAUAAUGAAAUUAAGGAUACCGUUCCCAACGAAAGAAGAGGGAAUGCCAAUGCUCACAACAAUAACAAUUCCCUAAAUAAAAUCGAACAAAAUAAUUGCACUACUGAAUCAUCAAGAACCUCCUGUGCAACCGAGGACGCUGCGGAGGAGGACAUUGAUAGUGAUAGUAUUUCCUCUGAAGUGGAAAGUUUAAGUUUAAACUCACCUGUAAAUAGUAGUUCUCAUAGUACCAUAAAACCGGAAAAGAAGCAAACGGAACAAGUGUUGGCGUCCGAAGACAGAUCAGUCAAUAAUGCUCUGCUGCUGGAAGAACAAUUAAGGGAAUACAAAAUGCAAGUGGGAAAACUGAAUGAAAAACUAAAGCAAACCGAAAUGGAAGCCCAUCAUACAUUGGAAAUCAUGCAAGUCGAAUGUGAUGAUGUCAAACAUAAAAUGUUAAGUCUUAAUAAAAUUAUUGAAGCUUUAAAGGAAGAUAAAAAGGCCCUGGAACAGGUCAUCAAUGAGAAUAAAAAUAAUGCCAUUAAAAAUGUCAAUAAUCCCGAGGAGGAAACUGAGCAACAAAAAGCGGCAGCAGCGAAAAAUGAUCGUUGUGUUGAAAUUAUUUCCCAAAGAUAUGAUGAUGCGGAGGAGGGAGCUGCAAUGCUUUUGGUGGAAAACGAUUUGGCUGACAUAAAUGUAAGCGCCUUGGAGCGUGAAGAAGAAUUGAUUGCCUACAAAGAACGUUUGGAUGACCAGCUAAAGGCCAAUAUUGAUCUACGCAAUGAAAUUGCUGAACUGAAACAAAAAGCUGUUACCAUACGAAAUCCCAUUGCCAAUCGUGAGGAUUUGCUAAAACGUUUUUUGCCCUAUGGUUUUGUUGUUUUAGCCAUUAUAGUAUAUUUUAUAUCUACAUAUUUUUAAAGGAAACGACAUAAUUUUUUCAUAGGUUAUCCUUUCAUUUUUUCCUCCAGCUCCCCCACCCUCAACAUUCAUUCAAGUAAUAUUUAUAUUCUUUUCAGCCACAAUAUCUAACCUGCAUUGCACGCUAGUUUUUUUUGUGGUCGCUGAUGAUUGUCGUUUUCUUUUCUACUUUCUUUAUCUUCUUUAUUUAAAAAAAUCCUAAUAAUAAAUUAUCAGUUUUAAUUACUAAUUAUUAUUAUAUUAUUUUUGUUGUUAUAUUAUGUCAGUUUUUUUUACCUAAUUAUAUAAAAGAAAAAUUAAAAGAGAAAUCUAACGCAAUGAAGAAUAUAUGGCAUAUAUUUAAAUAAAACAAAAACAAUACAUUUAACAAAUGAAAUAUAUUAUAAAUCAUAUAAAGCUAAAACAAAAACCCAGAAACAAAGCAUGCUAAUUAAAAACAAAAAUUUCAUUUCAUUUUUUAUACAUACAUACAUACAUAUAUUUAAUAACUCAUAUAUACAUAUAAAUAGAAAAAGGUAAACUAAAAAUAAUAAUAACAAAUAAAAAACAAACAAACAGAAGCCAUUAAAAUCCAAUAAUAAUCCAUAUACAUACAUAUAUAUUUAUAAAUAGAAAGAAAGGCCUGUAUAAUGAUUAUUGUUUUAUAAAAUUGCGAAGAGGAAGAAAAAAAAUCCAACCGGAAAUCAUUAAUACAAUAAGUUUUCAAUUAGGAUAUUUAUAUUUUCUUGAUUUUGAUUUUCGUUAAGAGACUCGUAAUAGUUUUGUAAUCACUGGCUUUUAUAACCUACACCACAAGGUGGUGGUCAGGUGCAUUUGUUUGUAACAGGCAAAGGGAAAAGAGAUAGAACCGAUAUAACUACACGAAUUCGGAAAACUGUUUCACUCGUAGACUUUUCGUCCACUCUGUUCAUCCUAGGAAGAGACGGAAAAUUUAGGAACGGAAUAGAUGUAGAAGUGAAAAAGAGAAGUAAAGAUUUAUAGAGAGAAGUGUUAGAAGUUCGGAGGAGAAGUUAGCCUAUGUCUCUUGUUGGAUAACAUGGGACAUGUGCAAAGUAUAUGUUCAAUUGUCUAUACCUCUUCUUCAUCUUCACAAAGUCUACAGUAGUCAGAAAUACUGUUGUCCCAUUUUGUGGUCAGAAACAUCAGUGACCAGUCACGACCACACCACCAAGAAACUUAGAUAUAACCUACUAUGAAUCUUCUCCUUCUCGAGAUUACAGCCCGGUGGCCUUAAAUACCCUGUAACCGUUUUGCAGGUGCCAUCUUCCAACUCGUUUGAUAACAGAUUUUUUGAAGCAGCUGACGCAAUUCCUUUUUGUGGUUAAACAGUAUCAUCAAUCGGUACAACAAUCGUCUUGAAUCCGCCUUGAGCUAAUUCAUCAGCUACUUCAUUCCCCAGCGGUUUUGCAGGUGCCAUCUUCCAGCUUCUAUGAUAAGAGAUUUUUUGAAGCAGCCAAUGUAGUACCUUCUUGAUUGUUUAACAAUCUCAUGAAUCGGUGUAACAAUUGAUUUGGAUCCGCCUUAAGCUAAAUCAUCAGCCACUCCUUUCUCAUAUACAUUGCUACAGUCGAAAAAACAGCAAGUCUUAAUAAAUUCAAGUAUGGCAAGGAGGGCUUUCUUGCAUUCGAUUUCUUACUCUCGAUUUAAUGACACUUGACUUGAUAGCUCUGAGGUCCCCUUGACUAUAGACGUAUAUAGUCACUAGUCCUGCUAUGCUAUUGCAGUGUUCUUUUACCAUUUCGGCUGCCUUCUUGAUUUCAAGAAUCUCCGCCUGAAAAAUACUGCAAUUUGUCAUUAAUCUUAUUAGAGUGUUUAAUGAUUGGGUUGGGACAGAAUACGCCAGCGCUGGUGCCUUCAUCCAUCUCUGAGCCGUCUGUAUAUAUGACCAGGGUUAGGGCAGAAUACCUCAGCGCUGGUGCCUUCAUCCAUCUUGGAGCCGUCUGUAUAUAAGGCCAGACCAUCCAGAAGAGGUUUGCCAUCAGCCUAUCCUAUCCGAGUAUAGUAAUCUACAAUCACUUAAUUCUAGCAAAAUUUCGAUUUAAAUAAAAAAGGAAUGUUCUUCUGGAUAUAUUCAAGGCAUAAUGGAAUAAAAACGAAAGAGAAACCCAAAGCCGAGGCUAAAUUAAUUACAUGGAAGUAUUAAGUUUUCUGUCUGUAGGUUCGAAUUUGGAAUUAGUAACAUGAAACCUGUGAUUAUAAAACUAUUAUAAGUAUUCAAAAUAACAACAGUGUGCUACAGCGACAUAGUCACUUUUCGACUCAGAUUUUUCUUGGAAAACUGAAAGUCGAUUUAGAUUCGCACCACUUGAAUCUAACUCAAUUUCCAUUUUUCCAAUAAAAAUCUCAGUCGAUAAGUAGAAAAUAUUAGCCCGCACCUGAAGGUAAAUCGAUUUUUAAAUUUUUCAGGAAAAAUAUAUCUUGAAAAGUGGUUGAAAUUAGAUAAAAAAAAUGAAUUCAAAUGAUCUAAUAAUAUUUCCGAAACAAUGGAAUUUUCAAAAAUAGGUCUAAUUUCAUGUUUAAAAUUAUUUUUUAAACCAAUUUGUUCGAUUUCGAAGGAGAGAAAGUGGCCUCAGGAUUUGGGGGUGAUAUUUU